UUUAGUUUCGAUGAAGCAUCUAUGGACAAUACUUCUUUGGCCAUAUUUCCUGGAAGUGAUGAUAAGCCUUAUGACAAAGAAGUAAACAAUGAAAUUGAAGUCACGUCAUUGGAAGAAGCUAAGUUGAUCAUAGCAGCAUUAAGAGCCCGACAGAGGACACAGACACAUCAAAUGCUAACAUGGAGAAGAACACUUAAAUUACAAGAAGAUAUGGUGAUUCGAUUAAGAAGAGAAAAAGCUGAACAACUGAGGACUUUAUCAUCACAAUUGUUUUUAUUUGAAUCAAGACUUUGUAGAAAACAGAAGGAAAUUGAAGCUAGUUUAUCUCAAAGAGAAGCUAUUAUCUUGCGACAGCAACGUGUAAUAAGACAACUUCAAUGUAGGCUAGCAGACAAAAGUUCACAAACAAGGGAAUCUCCACCUUGUGAUGCUUUGGAUAGACUAGACAGUCUUGGUGAUAGUGACAGCGCUGUUGUUCUCGAAGAAACGCCAGAUGAUCCUAUUCCUUCGAGGUUUCGGUCCAAUAUAACUGAUGUAACUGUGAUUCGUUCUGUAUCUGAUGCAAUAGAGCCUUCAAAUAAGUAUUUAUCUAUGAGAAGAAGUAAUGGUUUUUUAAGAAGGCCUGAAAUUCUUGAAACAGUUUAUUCUGUUGAAGAAGAUGCUGAUGAUAACAAUCAGGAGCGCUCUGAGUCAAUGGAAAAUUUAGAGAUGGAAGGAAAAAAAGAUAAAAGUUCGAAGCAAGGCAAAGGAAGAUUGCAAGAUAUUUAUGGAAGCUUUGAACGGCUUACACAGGAUGAUUUGCCAUCUAUUGAACGACCUAAAGAUGAGAACGCAGGUCAACAAGCUCAGGUGACUUACAACAGGGUUAUGAGUAAUCAUCGGUCAGUUACGAAACCGAAAGAUGUCAAAUAUAAAAGAAUUAAUAAAGCUAAAUCAAAAAGCCUGGAAGAGUUACGAGGAAAACUUAGAAAUUGGGUUGAGAAAGGAAAUAAAAUUGCUAUAUCACUGGACCAAUCGUAUGCUUAA